AGCUCAGCUUCCAGAGGGCAACACUUUCUGUAAAGUAUUCAAGAUGCGCUCGUUACUCCUUGUGCUCCUGUGUGCCACCUGCUGCUCUGCCAGCCAGCAAGACAACAUUGAGACUCUGAUGGACAAUAUUGUGAUCGUGCACAUGAACUCCAAUCAGGGUUCAAAGGUUCGUCUGACCUGUGGAGACGCCUAUCAAAACGUGCCGGUGUUCUGGAAGAGAAACGGCAUGGAGCUGCAGCAGCCUCUUCUGGGGAACCAGGUGGAGGUUCUGGUGGAGGAAAUGGUCGGAGGGAACUACUCCUGUCACCUCAGUCGUAAUGGGGAGUAUCUGAACCACACGGUGAUCCUGAUCCAGCUGGGACCAAACAACAGGACUGUCAUCCUGGAAGAAACGUCCCCAGAAGAAGGUCACAUCCAUUGCUCGGCAUUCAACUACGAAGGCUCCUUUCACUGCUCCUGGACCAGAAGUCAGCUGAGAUCCAGGGCCCCCGUGCUUCUGGUGAAGGCAGAACGUUUCAAUGAAACGAUCUCCUGUGAGCUGGACGCCGACGGAUCAGGGGUUCGCUGCCAGGACGCCAACUGCUCACACAACGAGGAGCAGCACCGUAUCAAGCUCACCCUUUACAUCCACAGCUUCUCUCGCCUCGAAGUCUACACCAAGUCUUUCUAUCUGAGAGAUAUUGUGAAACCAGAGAAGCUGCCCAACCUGCGAAUGAGCCAGGGGAAGGUGUUCAGCUGGGACCACCCUCCCUCCUGGUCCCAGCCCUGCACCUACUUCUCCCUGCAGUACCAGGUCAAGGUGGUCCGCAGUGGACAGGAGUGCACCAGCGAAGAGCACAUCAUGACCGAGGACACUGAUCAAACUAUGCAUGAGGUCAAGGUCAAAACCAACAGGUUUGUUUUCUGCGUGCGAGCCCGGGACAAAUACACCACAGGGCAGUGGAGCGUCUGGAACCAAUGCACAGUGAACAAAGACAGUGUGAGCUGCUAACAGGCUGAAGGCACAGAGGAGCACAGAGGAGGAGAAGACUUUUUUUUUACUUCUGUUUGAGUUCUCAUGUGGUUUGACAGUAAAGCUAAUGUACAGUAUUUAUUCAUAUUUGAAGAAAGUCUUUAAAUUAAGAUAGUUAAAACUCAGUUACAAUAUCCUUGAUGAAUUUUGUAACUAAAUCUCUUUUUGUGGAGCCAAAA